AUAGAAUAAUAAAUAAUGUUAUCUAAAAACCUUGGGUAGUUACGAGUUUGGUGUAAAGAUGUAUAACACAUAAUCCAGAUUAAUAAAUUAUAAAACUGUUGAAAGCUUGCUGGUUCCCGCGUUCUAAUUUUGUGUUAUUUGUUUCCAUUUCGUUCGGACUUCGGCCUGUCCGUUGUCGACUGUCGGCCAUAAUUCUAUUGCCGAAUCCCGAAGUGCAUGUCCGACAAUCGACGUAUACCAUAUUUUACGACCUUAUAAUACGUAAGAUUAUUCUGAGCAAAUACGUCAUACAUUCAUCUAGUUUCUAUUUUUGAAUGUGUUAGAACGCAAUGGCAACCACAAGCAACGGCUCAGAUUCUUCACGAAAGAACACAGACAAUAAAGAGAAUGAUAACAAAGAUGAACAGAAUAACAUGUUUGAAUGUAACAUAUGCUUGGAUUAUGCAAAGGACGCGGUUGUCAGUGUUUGUGGCCAUUUAUUUUGUUGGCCAUGCUUGCAUCAAUGGUUAGAAACUCGUUCAAGUCGACAAGUAUGCCCUGUGUGUAAAGCUGUUAUAAGUAAAGAUAAAGUAAUACCAAUUUAUGGACGUGGAAAUACCAAACAAGAAGAUCCCAGAAAUAAAGUGCCACCUAGGCCUGCUGGUCAAAGAACUGAACCUGAUGCUAAUACUGGUUUCCCUGGUUUUAACUUUGGAGAUGGUGGUUUCCAUUUGUCAUUUGGGAUAGGAGCAUUUCCUUUUGGAUUUUUAACAUCGUUCAAUUUCUCUGAUCGUCCACAUGGAGUUCCAGUUGGUGGUCAAUUACCACAAGAUGAUCAUUACUUAUCAAAACUUUUCUUAUGGAUUGCAGUAAUAUUUAUUAUUUGGCUAUUAUUGGCGUGAUUUACUUGUACAGUAUGUUCUUUUAUAUUAUUAUUAUUCUAUCAUUCAUUGAAUUACUAUAGCAAGCACUUCACGGUGGCUUCUUUUUUUUAUAAUGUUUUUAUUCACUAUUUAGUUUUAACCUAUUGGCUAUAAAGCUUUUCAAAUUGUUUUCAAUUUUUAUCAUCCAAGGCUUAGUCUGAAAUCCUUACUGUGAUUAUUAGUUUGGUUAUUUUUUUGAUACAAAAAACUUAAAUUAUAGUUUAAUAAUAAACUUUUUAACAGUUUGACAAAUAUUUGACCAUGGUGUCGUUUAUAUUUAUUCUUGGAACAGGCAAUAAUUUAAUUAGUUCUGUUUUUUUACUAAAUUAAAUUUGCAAAACAAAUAUUAAUUUUUAUUCUGUAUUAUGUUAUUAUAUCUAAAAAGAUUUAUUUUCAAUUUCACAGUCUAUUUGGGUUUUUAAUUACUAUUUAUGAUUAUUAUGUUAUGAUGGUUUUGUUUUGAGUUAAUUAUAAUAUUAUAAUGAUUCUUUAUGAUUUGUUAUGUUAAAAUGGUAUUUGUUUUUUUUUUUAUUGUAUUCAUCCCAUUUAUAAUUAUAAGAGUAUUCAACGCAUAGUCUGUUAACUAUUACACCCAUAUCUACUUAAUUGUUAAUAUUAAUUUCUUUUUUUAAAUUUACUUGUCUCCUAAUUCAAUCAACCAUAUAAAAUACUUGAGAUUAGAUGGACUAGAAUAAAAUUAUUGUUCAAUAUAUUUAAUCAUAAAUCUUUCUUUUGGUUUGUAAACCACCAUUAUAAACUGAAAGGUUGUAUACCAAAGGGCUAUUAAUU